CAUUUGCCGGGAUUUCACCCCUCUCUCCAUUUGGAACUGCAUGAAUCUUCUCCUGAAGGGGGAAUUCCAUUUCCAGAACUUACCCGGGCACAGACUCCGCACUCUGUGGGCUUGAGGGGUGGAGGACAACUGUCGCCGGUUCUCUACCUUCUCUCUUACAAUCCCUCUCCAGAUUAUCCCCUCAGUAACUCCUGUUCGUCAUGUCUCGCCUAUGGGAGGUAGACCCGGAGACGAAGGCCAAGCUCCUUCAAUACUCCAAAGUAAAUGGAAAUGACCGAUGUUGCGAUUGCGGCGCUCCAUCCCCUCAAUGGGCCUCCCCUAAGUUUGGAACCUUCAUCUGCCUAAACUGCGCCGGCACCCACCGCGGCCUGGGCGUCCACAUCUCCUUCGUCCGUUCGAUAACCAUGGACGCCUUCAAAAACUCCGAAACACACCGGAUGGAACUUGGAGGCAACGACCCCUGGAAGGAAUUCUUCGACUCCCACCCCAUUACACAAUCUGAGGGCCGCACGUUCGAGGACUCAACGAUCAAGGAGCGCUACGAGGGAGAGGUUGGCGAGGAAUGGAAGGAGAGACUUUCUGCGAAGGUCGAGGGGAGGGAAUACGUACCGGGGCACCAGCAAUCCACGAGGCAGAAGAAGCCGGCUGUUGAGCUCGGGCUAGCGAGGAGUGGUUCGCGGUCGAGUACACCGGGUAUGGGCGCUGGUUUUCAGGGUGGACGGGGAUCUCCCGCUGCGGCUGCUAGUUUGCAAGAAGGACCUGGCGGUGUUGAGGGCGCAGGCGGAAGAAAAGUCCGAAAUGAGGCGUACUUUGCGAAAUUGGGAUCCGAGAAUUCGACGCGCUCGGAGAGUCUGCCGCCCUCGCAGGGAGGUAAGUUUACCGGAUUUGGUGGUGGGCUGCCACCGUCUAUGGCGACGGGGAGGUCAGCGCAGCAAUCAUCAGGGAACGGAGCUAUCCCUGGUUUCGAUGAUUUUCAGAAAGAUCCAAUGGCGGCGUUGACGAAAGGGUUUGGGUGGUUCACGACGGCUGUAGGAAAGGGCGCGAAGACCAUGAAUGAAUCUUAUAUCCAGCCUACCGCCAAGUCGAUAGCGGAAUCUGACUUCGCAGCCCAAGCCCGUGUCCACGCCAGCCAGCUCGGUCAAAAUAUCCAAGUCGGCGCGCGUGGCGCCGCAGACUCCUUCCAGCGUUUCGUUGAGGGACCCGAAAACUCCGGUGCGGGUCGAGGGUCCCGCAAUGUAGAACCCGAGCAUAAGGAUUUCUGGGACGAUUUCUCGACCAUCGGGUCUCAGGAGAACCAGAGGAUGAAUGCCCCGAGGUCUGGAGCUAUUGGGACAGCGGCGAUGAAACCUAGUCCUACUGGUACGGCUGCGACCACGACCACAGGGGUAUCUGGGAGUGACGGGACGCCUCCGCCUGCGUCGAAGAAGAGUCAGGAAGAUGGCGGGGGGUGGGAUGAUAAUUGGUAGGGUAUAUACAUAGGCGAGGGUGGUCCAGUUAGGGUUGGGGGAUAGUCAAUACGGUCGGUCCUUGUCUUGUAGUCAGACUCUGUCACUGUCACUGUCAUAGUGCGAGACUGAUUCUUGGACUGCUAGGAAUAUAUCAAUGGUCCAGUCUUGUUCAUCUAAUCGAUGAAUGAUUGCAUACAUGUUGGGGAAGCUUUUUAUUUUCUUCAGAUAUAUAAUUAAUUUUAUUUAUAUUUUCCUUGUAAGGUACCAACAAGUGAGACGUUGAUGCAGAAAA